AUUAAGUACGCCAAGUUUGAGAUGAAGAUGGGGGAGGUUGCCAAGGCGAGGGCGGUGUAUGAGAGAGCGGUGGACCUGUUGUCGGAAGAUGAGGAGGCCGAGGUGCUCUUUGUGGCGUUUGCGGAGUUCGAGGAGAGGAACAAGGAGACGGAGAGGGCGAGGUGCAUUUACAAGUACGCGCUGGAUCAUAUACCGAAGGGGAGGGCGGAGGAUUUGUAUAGGAAGUUUGUGGCUUUUGAGAAGCAGUUUGGGGAUAGGGAGGGGAUAGAGGAUGCAAUUGUGGGGAAGAGGAGGUUUCAGUACGAGGAAGAGGUGAGGAAGAACCCCUUGAGCUAUGAUACGUGGUUCGAUUAUAUAAGGUUGGAGGAGAGUGUGGGGAGAAAAGAGAUGAUUAGGGAGGUUUAUGAGAGGGCUGUAGGGUAUGUGCCGCCAGCUGAGGAGAAGAGAUACUGGCAGCGGUACAUUUAUUUGUGGAUCAAUUAUGCACUUUAUGAGGAACUUGAUGCGAAAGAUAUGGAGCGGACAAGAGAAGUUUACAUGGCAUGCCUUAACUUGAUUCCUCACAAGAAAUUCUCUUUUGCAAAGAUAUGGCUCAUGGCAGCUCAAUUCGAGUUAAGGCAAAAAAAUCUCAAGGAUGCACGCCUAGUCCUGGGCAAUGCAAUUGGGAAGGCUCCAAAAGAUAAGAUAUUUAAGAAGUACAUAGAAAUUGAACUCCAGAUGGGUCAAAUCGAUCGUUGCAGAACCCUAUACGAGAAGUAUCUCGAGUGGGCUCCUGCAAAUUGCUAUGCUUGGAGCAAAUAUGCUGAGCUGGAGAGAUCAUUAAAUGAAACUGAUCGGGCUCGAGCAAUAUUUGAGCUUGCUAUUGCUCAGCCCGCACUCGACAUGCCAGAGGUGUUGUGGAAGGCAUACAUUGAUUUUGAGAUAUAUGAGAGUGAGUAUGAGAGAACAAGACAACUGUACGAUCGGCUACUUGACCGGACAAAGCACUUGAAGGUGUGGUUAAGUUAUGCCAAGUUUGAGGCUUCUCUUGCAAUGGAACAGGAAGACGAAGAUAAAGAGAAACAGGCAACGAGUGAUGCUGAGCAAAAAAUGGAGUGCAUCCAACGGUGUCGGGGUGUGUUUGAAAGAGCCUUCGAUUAUUUCAGAACGACAGCACCUGAACUAAAAGAGGAGAGAGCCAUGCUCCUGGAGGAGUGGCUCAAUAUGGAAAGCAGCUUUGGAAGCCUCGGGGACGUUGGUAUUGUACAAAAGAAAUUGCCAAGGAAAGUAAAGAGGAAGAGAGCUAUUCGAUCUGAGGAUGGAACUCCUGCUGGGUACGAGGAGUAUAUUGACUAUGUAUUCCCUGAUGAAGUGGCAAUGGCUCCCAAUUUGAAGAUAUUAGAAGCCGCUUACAAAUGGAAGAAGCAUAAAUCAGGUUCAGAUGAGGAGUAAUUGCGCCAUUAUUUCUUAUGCUCACACCGCAAGCAGGCUGCUCCUUUUCAAGAUUUUCUUAUGUUCAUUCUAAAAGGAAGCAAUCCGAAACCGAUCUCGCAAUUUGUUGCCGACAUGGUUUGUGUUCAUCCUCCCAGGUUUAACUGUGCGUUAUAGUUGCGUUAUAGUUGUGAGAUGUCAGCAGCUGGCUUCGCAGAGUUGGGAGUUUUAUCAUGCUGUGCCAUUGUAAUCUCAGUCCCAGUUUUAACUGGAGGGGUGCGUCGCGCAUGGAUCUUUGGAUGUUAACGAGGUAAGAAGAUGACGGUCAAAAGUACUAUCGUUGUUGGUGUACUGAAUGUCAAUUGUCAUGUAAGUUUUUUAUAGAUAUUUAACUCGUGAAGCAAUCUGCUUAUUCCAUUUGCUAUUGUGUUUACCGCGA